GUAGAGCGUCUGGUUCCAACCUUCAUUUUUCCUUUUGGGGAAGCCAACUACCUCAAGAACCCCAAGAGAUCGCAGAAUAUGGAAGUAGAGACUUAGUGAUUCUACUGCGUUUGCACGUGAGAGCAUUUGCAGCUGAGAACGAAAGAGACCUAGUGAUUCCACUGCAUUUGCGUGUGACAGCAUUUGCAGCUGAGGACGCAAUAUGGGUGAGUUCCUCGUCACCAUUCAUGCUUAAUUUCAUGACUGCAAGAUUAUUUGUGUCCCGAACAUGCAUUACGAGGAACCGUGUGGGUUUUCUCCAUCUCAAUGCUUCCCACAUUUUCAAUUCGUGUUAUUCAGUUGUGAAAUCAUUUGAGUCUGCUCAUCUGAAACAUAAGCAAGAAGGGAAUGAAUCGUUUACUGUCUCUUAUCUCGUUAACUCAUGUGGCUUGUCCUGCAAAGCAGCUAUUCAAGCAUCUGGAAAGAUUACAUUGAGAGAGCCAGACAAACCCAAUCUGGUACUUAUUCUUUUCAGGAGCAACGGAUUAUCAGAAACACAGAUAUCUAUAAAAAAUUGGCUAAAUCUGCUUUUGGCAAAUCCUGAGAUGAUCAUUCUGCCCAAGAUGAGGUUUUUCCUGUCUAUUGGUUUUUCUAGUUCUGAGAUCCCAGAACUCACCUCUUCUAGUCCUGCAGUCCUAUCUCGGAGCUUAGAGAAAUUUUUAAUCCCCUUUUAUGAGGCCACUAAGAGCGUAAGUAAUUAUGAUGGGAUUGUACUUACAGCUAUAAAACACUCUUCAUCGAAGUUUCACACCUGUCAUGUACAGGAUUUGGUUGCAAACCUAAAGGUUUUAAGAGAACAUGGAGUGCCUGAAUCUUCUGUCUCAAUGAUGCUAACUAAAUUUACUGGCGCAGCAUCUAUGAAGCAUGCAAAGUUUGUUGAAUAUGCCGAGUUCGCUGUGGAAUUGGAAUCGAACCUGUAAAGGCCACAUUUAUUAUGUCAAUAUCUGUCAUUUCAAGGGUGAAAAAAAUCCACAUGGGACUCAGGUGGAUAUUUUUAAGAGGUGUGGCAUGGCCAGAGAUAUCACUCUUAUAGCAUUCAGUAACUAUCCAAUUUGCAUGCUUAAGUCAGAGAAGAAAAUCAAGAAAUCAAUGAAGUUAUUACUAAUGAAGCGCGUUUGCCAUUGAAAGAUAUAGCUAGAUCUGCAUCUCUUCUUGGCUAUAGCUUGGAGACGAGGAUGAUUCCUAGAUGGUCAGUAUUUAGACUUUUGAGAACUAAGGGUUUGAUAAAAAGAGAUAUGCCCUAUAACAUAUUUUCAUUAAGUGAGAAAAAGUUUCUGGAGAAAUUUAUGUUCAGUUUUGAGGUAAGUAUUCCUCACAUAUUGGGCAUCUAUAAAGGUCAGUCUGGAACUUUGCCUGAAGUCAGUCCUAUGUAACUUGACUUUUUAGAAUUAUUCAACUGUUGUGCUCGAUGCUUGACUGUCUUUCUCUAAUUGAUAUCAAUGUUCUGAAGGCCCUGUUUGAAUUCUGAAUUGGCAGGACAUUGCUUUCUGUUUGGUAACUCACUAAUCAAGAUCAUAGUUGAAAAUCAUAUCUUCUAGUAAGGUGCAUCUUGAGCGAUCCAUGGCCAGAAAUACAGACAAGCAUGAUUAGAAAUGGCAUACAGUGAAGGAGGGGAUCGGAAAUUGGGAUUUUUUUUUUUUUUUUUAAUAAAGAACACGCAAAAUGGUUCUUCCUCCUUCUCAAGGAAGAUAAGGCUGAACAAUAUCAAUGAAGCAAUCACUGCAUGAUUCCUCCUCCUAUUCUGGUGAGCAGCAUGAGAUAUGUGGCGUGGAGGAAUCCACCCAGGAACCAAAAGCCAUAAGCUUUAAUUGGUGGUGGUUAAAAUGGGUCUCAUGCUUCACUAAAUGCCUCUUCCAGAUUUUGAAAGAAUAUGGACAUACAAGACCAAAGUGGAAAGAACCCAAAUUCGAUUGAUGUUCAAGCUGUAAGUGAAUGGAAAUCAUGGUUGUUGAUCCAGGAUUGACGUCUUUUAAUUUUAGAUUUUGGUGCAGUGCCCAAACGACACUGUUUUCUGUAAUGAAAGUGAAGACUGAAGAGGGGACCAGCUGUUUGAUUGCUAGAAUAAAAUGAAAUAAAAAGAAUUGAAAAAAUUAAGA